AUGCCGCUGUCCGUGUAUGCUGCCACAUUCGCCGUCCUCGCCCUGUUAGCAUGCCUGCUCUCAAUUUUCCCCUUGGUUGUCCACCUCAAGGCCAGGAACCUGGCCACCACUGUCCUUACUCUCGCAGCCUUGCUCUUAAAUAUCCAAAACUUUGUCAAUGCGCUGAUCUGGACCUCUCGCAAUCCCGAUACUUGGUGGAAUGGAAAGAUCCUUUGCGAUAUCGAAGUGAAACUUUACGUUGGGUUUGGCAUUGCGAUAUAUGGGGCUAUUGCCAGUCUAUUUCGACAUAUUUACACUAUUCUCGACGUUGAAAACACAACGGCUUUACCAAGUCCACAACAGCGCCGAAUCAGGCUCGCCAUUGAGCUCGGCCUAUGCAUCAUCAUGCCAAUCGUGAUAGCAGCUGCACAUUAUAUGGUCCAGAAAGACCGAUACUGGAUCAGAACUUCGGCCGGUUGUACGCCAUCAUACGACAAUUGCUGGGCGACACUUAUACUCAUCUUCUUGUGGCCCCUAGUUCUCUGCCUCGUUGCCAGUGGCUAUUGUAUCAUCUCCGUUGUUCGCUUGUGGAGGCAUAGAACACAGAUGUCUUCCGUCUUCUCAAACACUCCUGGGGUUACUCGUUCUCGCUUCACCCGCCUCUUCGCUUUGGCUUUUGCUCUUCUGGUCAUAUAUUGCCCUCUCGCCAUAUAUACUUUUUCAGCCAAUGCCGUCAUACCCACACAUAUGUAUUCCUGGUCGUAUGUUCACCCUCCAGAUUGGCCAGAAAGAAUUAUCAAGAGGCCGACCUCGGAAAGAUUUGGGUUGAAUCGAUGGGCCCAGGUUGCCACGGCAUAUAUGCUAUUCAUAUUCUUCGGACUAGGCCAUGAAGCCAUUCAUAUGUACAAGUCGUGUCUACGAGAAUUGAAAGUCUUGCUAACGGCGGACUGCGUCAAACAGGAUAAUAUCAGGGGUAGAUCGGCUAGGAAUGUCCAUCCGAGUCAAACAGAUCCUGGAACGAUCAUUACGGACAUCUCUUCAACACCGGAAGGCUUUCCACUGGCAGGAAUGCGGAUGGCGGAGACCGACUGA